GGUCAGUAUCCAUCCGAUGAUCGUACCGUCAACACACGCGAGCCCGGGAUCGUUCCGAAAUACUGAAGCGUAGUACUUUUUACAGGCUGUUCUUCUGUCGGUUCGAAAGAAUAGACCCGUGUGAUUUAUGCUGCUGGUCUGACCAAAACCAAACCAUAACUUCAACCGUGGUGGUCAAAGAGCAUCCCGUCGUCACCCUCUGGCGCAUCUCUCUGGCGUUGUCGCCUAGCAUAUAGGGAGACAGCCGCGGGUUGCCGGGUACUCCAUACCAUAGGAUUGAGGAGAUGGUAUUGUAACCGAUCUGGACGUGCCUUUUUACAGAAGCGGGAAAACGUGAAAGGAGAGUAACAAACAAAAAAAAGUGCCUGUGAACAAGUUCAAAUACCACCAGGAGGUGAAAUACGAGGGAUUAAACGGUUGCGUGAUUUUGGUUAAGUGAACCCGUAUAAUGCGUAUAUAUAGCUAAGCCAGCGGCGCGGCAAAUGACGAGAGUGAUAAAACGACAAAAAUGUGACAAAAAAGCAGCGUGUCAAAUAAGGGAAUAAUUGCAUGUGAAACUGGUGGAUGUGGUGAUUAAUUACGAAGUUGGACUUCCUUCCGAUGCUGGUGUGAUAAAAGAAGAGAAUUAGAAUCUGGUAAUAAAGCUAUUGUUGUUCACAUGAAACUGUGAUGAAAAAAGAUCUAGAAUUCUAUUAGGAUAAACUUGACUGAAUAUUUUUUUAUUAUUAAAACAGAGAAAUUCGCAUCCCACUUGCUGCAACCGCAAUGACUUCGAUGACGACCGUUGGCAGAAUUAGUGGAAGCGCCAAACACGCGUCGUCACUCAAUUGGAUCAUCGCGCCGCUGCUGGUGGCCUCCGUGCUCCGGCCGUUUGCCCUCUGCGGUCAACAGUUCAGAAGCGUUCCAACGACGGUCAAAACGUACGAGAACGAAACCGUCCUGCUGCCAUGCUAUCACAAUUCUCCGUACCGGUAUGUUCGAUGGUCGCGAGACGACAUGCUGCUAGUGGACUCGAGGUACCCGGCGUUAACGCCACCCCCGCGCUAUCAACUGUGGACCAACGGCAGCCUGGAGGUGGACCAGGUCCAGAUGGAUGACACGGGAGAUUACAUGUGUGAAAUCAUCACCGAGGCGGGAAAGGCCAUCCAGAGGCACGCCAUCGAGGUGCAGUAUCCUCCAAGCAUAUUGAUGCACCCAUCUGACCGGGUGGAAGUCAAGGUUGGACAAAUUUUGGAAAUCGUAUGCGACGCAACGGGAGUUCCGCAACCAUACGUUACAUGGGCAUUCAAGAAUGAUAAUGCCAGUUCAACUUUCGAUAAUAACCGAAAAAUAAACCUCCUAAUCGAAGACAAAGAUUUCGCCGGUCCAGUAGAAUGCACCGCAACCAACGGAGUAGGAGAACCAGUCAGUGAAACUUUAGACGUAUUUGUUGAUUUCAUACCGGAAGUAUCCGUAAGAACCAGUCCCAUCCACACAAAGAUCGGCCAAAAUGCUCAACUUGAGUGCAUAGUUACAUCCGCCCCAACGGCAGCCGUCCAUUGGUUCCACAAGGGACUGCCGCUGCCCUCGGAUCGACGUUACACGAAGCAAGAUGGCAUCGUAACAAAACCACAGUACCAUACCGUCUACCGGCAUGUGCUGUCCAUUCGGAACGUCAAAGACGCCGACCUAGGUCACUACGAGUGCAAAGCUGAGAACAAGAUCGGUAUCAAGGGUGCCCAUCUCGAGCUUACGGGACGACCGAUGCAGGCCUCGUUCAAACCUUCCACGGAAAUGUCCUCUCCAACGACGCACAAUCUCAUCUGGCAGGUGGAGAGUUAUUCGCCCAUCAUCGAGUACAAACUGAAGUUCCGGAAGAUCCCAUCGGGCAACAUAACCCCGAACAAGAGGUACCCAAAUCUUCCUUGGAAUGAACUGAUCAUUCCGUCGGAUGUUUCCGCCGGUGCAUUGCAUAGUAUGGGCUACACACUGCAGGGUCUUCAGGGAACCAGCGUGUACGAAGUCGUCAUUUUGGCUAGGAACCGAUACGGAUGGAGUGAUGCCAGCAAUAUUCUGAGAUUUGCCACCGGAGGAGAAGUUGAAAUAGAAGAUUCGGGAUACCAAACGACGGAGACUAUCGAGUAUCCCAGUGAAAGUGAAUAUCCUAGCAUUACGGAUAAUGUGAUCUCUGACGAGGAGUACGACGGAUUAUAUGCACAUAUGAAUAGUGGAAUAGAUUCCGGUCAUAAGGUGGAAUUUUUGACUGUGCUCUUGUGUUUGGGCAGAGUUUAUCUGUAUUUUAUAGUAAACUAGAGCUGGAUAAUAAAUUGUACAUUUUACU